AACCAGCGCGAACUUUGAAAGUGGUAACAUUUUUUUCACGUGGUUUAGGAAUUCUUCGACUUGCUCUUUUGUAGGGUGUAUUAUACUGUGAUUAUCAUCCUAUCCUGUACAUCGAGAACAUCUCACCUCGAAACAUAAGAAGAAACUUAUUUUUAUUCGACGGACAAUUACCAGUUCGUAUUGUACCUAUUGCGGAAUUAAGUCGUAAAUAGGUCUGCAAUUUAUUAUAUACUCACAGUCUCUAAUCCUAGUAUUAACCAGGUUAAUACUUAAUAACAACUAAUACUCAGAUAUUAUAUUUAAUUUAACGAGCACUGUGCUCACUUAUAUUCAUAUCAUGUCCAAUAACUCCAGUAAAAGAGGAAUUUCACCAACUUCUAAGCCAAAUAAAAGGUCCAAAUCUGUAACCCCUACAACUGACGACUCAGUGCUUGACAAUGUCGAACCUUUAACUACUGAAAAAUAUGUGCAUUGUACACAAAUGUCCCUAUCGUCACCAGAUUCACCAUGUCGCAGCCCCUCUAUCUUUACGUGCAGUAUGCCAACGGUAAGACUGGUUGACAUGCAAGACACUAUACCUACGUGCAUUGAAAAGUCAGCACAGUCUACUAAACAGUAUGUGCUACCAAGGCCUAAGUCUAAAAUUUCAAAAACUAAAGAGUCCAAUGGUCCACCGCAUACGCACCAAAAUACUGAUAGAUAUAGUAAUGACAUCCGACAGCUACAAAACUCUCUAUCCGAAAUUAACGGCAAACUUGAGCAAUUAGCACCCCUCACUCAUAUAUGGGGCCUUGAUACAGACAGAAAUCUUGAGCAACUCACUAAAGCUGAGUGUAUUUUGGAGUUUGUGGCUGAAGAAGUGACGAAGAGAGUAAUGUCCUCCUUCAAUGCAGUUGUGUAUAACCUCCCCGACCGCACACACCCAUCUAAGUUAAGAGAUAUUUGCCUUAGAGCAUGCGGUAUGCCGAACGUUAACUGCA